GCUGUGAUGCAAGUGUUUGUCUUAAUAGUUCAGGAUAACAUAAUGAACAUCUGCUGUAGUGCAGUUUAUGCAAAAGUGAUGGAGAGUCUCUAUUUUUUUAUGUACUCAUUUAAAAUGGGUCAAACGUUGUCAGAACCUGUGACAGCAAAAGAUACAUCUUGCUGCCAGGAUAGUUCUUUUCGUGUUGGAUCGAGUUGUAUGCAAGGAUGGAGGAUAAACAUGGAGGAUUCCCAUACUCACAUUUUAUCUCUUCCUGAUGAUCCAAAUGCUGCAUUUUUUGCUGUCUAUGAUGGACAUGGUGGAGCCGAGAUAGCAGACUAUGCUGGAAAGCAUUUACACAAAUUCGUAGUAAAACGUCAGGAAUACAAAGAUGGCGACAUCCCCGAAGCCAUGCGGCAAGCCUUUCUCGAACUGGACUCUCACAUGCUCGAAGAAGAGUGUAUAUUUAGCAAGCCUUCCGGAUCGACAGCAAUCACAGCGCUUAUCAAAGGCGACAAACUAUUCUGCGCCAACGUAGGGGAUUCCCGAGCAGUGGCGAGCGUGAACGGCAGCGCGAGAGCUCUGUCUGAGGACCACAAACCAUCGAACCAGGCCGAGUACGACAGGAUCAUAGCUGCAGGGGGAUGGGUAGAUGCCAACAGAGUGAACGGCAAUUUGGCCUUGUCAAGGGCCCUAGGAGACUUUGCUUUUAAGAAGAACGGCAAGAUGUCAGCUGAGCAGCAGAUCGUUACAGCUUUCCCCGACGUCACCGAACACACCAUCACCUCCGACUGGGAAUUCAUCGUGCUCGCAUGCGACGGAAUCUGGGACGUCAUGAGCAACAAAGAGGUAGUCUCCUUCAUCAGAGAAAACAUUGCCACCGGCCACGAACCGGAAGAAAUCUGCGAAGAAUUGAUGAUGCGCUGUCUGGCGCCCGAUUGCCAGAUGGCAGGCCUUGGAUGUGACAAUAUGACUGUAGUUCUUGUGACCUUCUUGCACGGAGAAUCGUAUGAAAAAUUGCAGGAGAAGUGCAAGCAACCUCCCACGGAGCACGUUGAUGUUAAGGACCAGGAUACUGACAGUUGAGUUUGUUGAAGAAAAUGAUAGGAGGCUCGCUCUGGCAGAAAUAUGAAAGCUUAAGGGAAUGAAUCAGCUGUAUAGGUAUUACUGGGAAAGCUCCUUUUGGUUAGGUUUUGAUGUUUUUGGCAAACUUACAUUUUAUCCAAGUCUUUAAUAUGUUUCCAGUUUUUAACUAAUAAUACAACAACUGUCAGGUCAAAUAUCUUACUCUGAGUAAUAGUUUCUUUGGGGAAAUACUCUCGGGAUUGGGAGGAGGGCAAAUUUGAAGAAUGAUGCUCGAAUGAGAAGCAAUUUUAAGUGCACUUCGUGCAUUACUUUUUUCUUCUUCAUUUGUGAAAGUUUCUUCUCAAUUUAUCCCUUAAUUCGUACCGAUAAUGCUAUAAUAUAAUAUUUGUCAUUGAUGAUUCUUCCUUUCUAAAGAUAAUCGACGAACAAAAUAUCUUGCGUCUCCCAAAUUACUCAAUCCAAACCCUUGUCAGCUGAUGUUUGACCUUUUACCACCUGCUGUUAACUCAACUGACUACCCAUUUCGACUUCGGUGAGAAGUAGUGGAUGCACGUUUCCUUGAUUGUUGUAUAUAGGAUAAAACUCUUGUUUAUUGUCGUAAAAUAUUUGCCACAACGUUCUGUAUUGCCGACGCGAUGUAGUUUUUGAUCUACUGUAGGCGAAUACGUCAACCACUUAGAACAGAAUAAACUUAUUGCCAAAGUUUAUACAAAAUCUUGAAUAUAAUGUCGUCUGCUAUUUCACGAUCAGCAAAAACGGUUUUGUUAACUUUUUUUAUGUUUUCUGGGACACAGCUGCUGAAUUUAUGCGAUUAAUGCGUUCAGCAUAAUUUGUGUCUGUACGGCCACUGUUAAAGGGAAAUUCUACGUGCUAACCGUUGUUUCCAACGGAACAAAGCUCGAAUAAUAUUUGUAGUAUCGAGUAACUUUUGUUUGAGCGCUAUUUUUCCCAUCAGGAAGCAUUGAUUUUUCAACAUAUGCAAUUCAUUAUGUGUAAUUAUAUGCAAUUUAUUAUAAUUCACAUCCAUUAUUUUGAAAAUUGCAAAAUUAUCGUCAGUUUAACUUAUAAAAUAAUGGUCCAACAGCUCAAAUCUUCAAGGCGAUUUUGAUAGUCAUAGAUGUGAUAUUAUUGUUGCCUGCCAUCUAAAUAUCACAACCGGAUCUUAUUGAGGUUAGGUUAGGUAUGAGUGGGUGCUUAAUUCCUCUUCCACUCGACCUAAGAGAUCUAUUGUGGCUCAUCCCUAGGUUUAAGUUGUCCCUUCGGUUCAGACUUUUUAAUAAAGUCUAUUAUGGCCGUAGUGGUAGUUCUACGAAGUCAUAGGACUCGAGUUGGUAAUGCUCGAAUGUAUUGGGUCUUAUCCUGUCCAACCCUGGGUAGUUGUACAGAACGUGUUCCGCUUCUCGUCACCAGCCUGACAGUGUCCUGUUAAGAAACCUAUUGAGACUGAACCGUAUUGAGUGAUUUAGUUAUUAAUCAGUAUGAGAAGGAUACCAGACUGUAUGUAACAAAAAUUGUGCACUAUUAUCAUCAAUUAAUUUAUUAUAUUGCAUGUUGUGGCUUACUUAGUUAAAAAUACACUGUUAAAAUAACAAAAUUUUAAAAUAAUGUUCUUUUAUUUUACUUUUUUGUUAUAACAGUGUAGUCAAUUAAUUUACAUAAAAAUCCUUACCGUUUAUUUAUCUGGUCGCCCAUUUUGACACUGUGGGGCAAUGCAAGCACUUAGUAGAAGAAUUACUUUAUUUUAGUAUAGCAAUAACCGAUCUUUAAAAUGGCCUAUACUAAUUUUUAUACUAGAUAACUAUUCCCUAAUUAGAAUACUUAAGCAUUUAUUUAUAAGGUUUUAUAUUUCCACCGCCAGAGCGCGCCUCUAUCGAUAUUGUCAGAGAGGAAGGUGAUAUUAAGAGCAUUAGUAUUUAUUUGAUCCAUUUAUUGUUUGAUAGAUAAUAGAUAAUUUCUUACAAUACUGAAUUCACUUAAUAGUAGGGUGGAAGAACUAAAAAAACUUUUUGUACAAAGAUGGCCGGAAAAUAAAGACUUGAUGCUCGGUUUCCAUUCAAAGUUUUUUUUAAACAAAUAUAGUAUAGUUUUUGGAAUUAAAACUUUGCACUUUUGUAGUGUUCUGGUAGAAGCUGGUAUGUUAUUUGGUUAUUUUUUUAUGAUAUUAGAAUAUAAAAACAAGUGAUAUUGAAUAUAACUACAGUAUAAGUGUCAGUGUUGUACUCGAUUUUUAUUAGUAGUUAUAGCAGUUUCCGUUCAUACUUGUUUAAUACUGAAAACUUUGCCAAUUAGUAUCAACAACUACAACUCUUCUCCAUACUGCCAUUUUUUACCUGCGCUUUAGGCGUAAGUUUUGUAAACUAAACACUUUUUAUACCUAUAUAGCCUUCCACUCCACUAUUCGUAGUUUCACACAGCUUCCUACAGUGGAAAUUUAAGAAGUAGUCGAUAAAAUUCCUCCUAAAAUGAAGGUAUAGCAACAAAUACUGCCGUUGAUGCUUCUGUUGUACUAUAUUUGUAUUUUUUCAUGGGCAAAUAAUAAAAUCACUAUGUUAAAACCUUGUUUACACGAACAAAACUGCCCUCAGUGUAAUCAAUUCCACAGAGUUAAAUGCUUUGGUAACGUCCAUAAAGUACCGUUACGCACGAACUUUAAAUUCAUAAAAUGUUUUGUUGUCAGACCUUCAUUUCCUCUUGCAUUUACCAUAUAUUUGUAUAUUUUUGUUGUUUCAAUAUUUAAAAAAAAAAUCAAUUUUUUAGUAUUAAACUUUUUAAGAU